AUAUGGAUUUCAUUUGCUCCAGUCGCAGACUACUCUUCAGUUUAUUACAAUUGUUCAUUAAGUUAUAUUAAUUGGUUGUCUAUUGUAUUUCUUGUUGUGUGUUUUCUUUUUGCUAUUUGUGCAUCUUGGGUACUGGAUACGCUUGGACUCAGGACUGGGGUUCUUGUGGGUGCUUGGCUGAAUGGUGUCGGUGCAGCUGUUCGAAUUCUUAGUGGAUUGUCAUUCGUCCAUACAUCAUACAAGUUUACUGUAGUAAUGAUAGGCCAAGUACUUUCCUCUCUUGCUCAGCCAUUUGUAUUGAAUUCACCAACUAAACUAGCAGCUUUGUGGUUUGGUGCCAAUGAAAGAACAACUGCAAAUAUGCUGGCAUCUUUGUCUAAUCCACUAGGAGUAUUAGUAGCUAAUGCCAUCGCACCAGUCAUUGUAACCCACGAAAGCAGAAUACCACUCAUGSUAGAGAUAUUUGCAAUUCCAGGAUUUCUUGGCAUUGCCAUGGCAACAUUUGGAUUUUGUAGUAGUGCCCCACCUACCCCUCCCUCGGCAUCAGCUGCUUGUAAAUCUGAACCUUUCUUCUUGGGACUCAAGACAGUCCUCACUAAUAGGUCUUACCUUGUAUUAAUGAUUGCCUUUGGCUGUGGUAUUGGAUUAUUCUCCUGCUUGUCAACUCUGUUUGAACAAGUGAUAUGUCCACAUGGAUAUAAUGAUACAAUGGCUGGCAUUGCUGGGGCAGUUCUCAUUGGUGGWGGACUGUUAGGUGGUGCUGUUACUGGAUGGUAUGUUGACAGAAGCAAAGAAUUUGAGCUGACAGCAAAAGUGUCWUAUGGAAUGGCAGCCAUUGCUUGCAUAAUCUUAACCUUGAUCACCAAGUAUCCAAACCAUCCAACUGCAGUUGUGAUAUCAUCUGGCAUGUUUGGAUUUUUUGCAUUUGCAUUAAUGCCAGUGUGUCUUGAGCUGGGUGUUGAGUGUACAUACCCAGUUGCUGAAGCAACAAGUGCUGGUUUGCAAUGGAUGAUGGGCCAAUCGUCAGGUAUUAUAAUGAUCGUCAUCUGUCAAGCACUAGCCCAGUCUAAAACCAGAGAGGAGCUGCCACAUGCAAAAUGUCGUAAAAGRGACGCACAAGGUUCAAAUAUCCAGGAUUUGACYUAUUCAAUGUAUUUCAUGACUAUCACUGCUGUUGUUGUAGCWGUUGCUUUCAUCAUUCUAUUCAAACCUCAAUUUCGGCGAUUGUCUUUAGAAAGAAAAAAUGUGGUAGGAACAUCUCACAAAAGCAUAGUUAAUYACUAUGACAAAAGCAUUCCAUCGUUACCUGUUGACUCAUAAUGGGAUUGGAUGCCUUGUGGUGAUUACAACACAGAAGAUGAUUGGUUGGUAUAUUCUGAUUGGCAGGYUGUAAUGUUGAUASAACAUGCKAUCUGAUUGGUUAAUAGAUUGUAUGUUUGAGGUAUAACAUCCAUUUUAAUUGGUUGAUUGGCAUAUGGAAGAAAACUGCACUAAUAGCUUCGAAUUGCAUAUUAAA